CUUUGCUGGUCUGAGCUUGCUGUCGACGGCUGCCAUGAACUGAGGUCCAGCCAUGCCCGCCUGCCUUGGAGCCAACUGAGUGUGGACUGAAACCUCCAAAAACUGAACUACCAGGUACUGAGAUCCAGGGAAGGGGACCACCUACGAGGAGUUUGGGUGUCAGGCCACUCUGAACUGCCCUACUCCAAGGAGAGCCAGCCAUGACGGAGGAAGUGUGGGUGGGCACCUGGAGGCCCCAUAGGCCCCGGGGGCCCAUCAUGGCCCUCUACAGCAGCCCUGGCCCCAAGUACCUGAUUCCACCCACGACAGGCUUUGUGAAGCACACGCCCACCAAGUUGCGUGCUCCAGCCUAUAGCUUCCGUGGGGCCCCCAUGCUUCUGGCAGAGAACUGCUCCCCAGGACCCCGCUAUAGUGUGAACCCCAAGAUAUUAAGGACCGGCAAGGACCUUGGCCCUGCCUACUCCAUCCUGGGGCGCUACCACACCAAGACGAUGCGGACCCCUGGCCCAGGUGAUUAUUUUCCAGAGAAAUCUACUAAGCAUGUGUUUGACUCAGCACCCAGCCACUCCAUCUCUGCCCGGACAAAGACCUUCCGGAUAGACAGCACUCCAGGACCCGCUGCAUACAUGCUGCCGGUAGUGAUGGGACCACACACUGUGGGUAAGGCCUCCCAGCCCUCCUUCUCCAUCAAGGGCCGCAGCAAGAGGGGCAACUUCAGCGACGACCUGCACAAGACCCCAGGUCCUGCAGCAUACCGCCAGACAGAUGUGCAGGUGACCAAGUUCAAGGCUCCACAGUACACUAUGGCCGCCCGGGUAGAGCCUCCAGGAGACAAGACCCUCAAGCCAGGACCAGGAGCCCACAGCCCUGAGAAGGUGACCCUGCACAAGCCCUGUGCCCCCAUUGUCACCUUCGGCAUCAAGCACUCUGACUAUAUGACACCCUUGGUUGUUGAUGUGGAAUAGCCCCAGCCCCACAUCCUGCAGCCUGGAUCCAUCUCAUGCCUACAAGAUUCCCAGGGCAGAUGCAGGCUGACACCUCCUUCUGAGCAGAGCCACAGCAAGGGGACCCUGCAGGACAGAGCAUGCUUGUUUGGACAGUUGUGACAAGUUUCCUUUUUUAAGGUUAUUUUUUUCUAUGCUAUCUUCCCAAUUGCUAAUAUUGCUUCCUGUUGUGCCCAAAUUACUUAAUAAACCAUGGAUUUCAAUUAUAA